AUGCAACCCAUGGUCCUGGUGUCCAAAGGACUUUCCCCAAGAAAGUUCCAGACACAGGUACUGGUCGAGUUUCUUACUCCCACAGUAAGUGCCUUCAAUUCCCUCCACAUACGCCCCCAUCUCAUGCCUUUCGUCGUCCUUGACCUCGAUACCUCGAUCGCUACGUCUCGCAAUACCUCUGGCCCUGCAAACACCACAAUGCUCGCCGGUCUCAACCGGCAUGAACGCGUAGCAAUUGCUACACGUUCCCUGUCCGCGGGACAGGCGGAUCAGAAUUUCCACCUUUGCUGCCAACCCGGGCCGAUUGCCCAAAUGCUCGAGGCACGAUCGACUGCGCGGCCCUGCCUUCUAGGCGCGGGCGUUGCAGCCAGCGCGGCCACACUGCUUUUGGUGGUGGGCGUGAAGCACAGCUGCCGCUUCCCUGAUCAUGUGUUGAAUUUCGUCUGUCUCAGUGUCCGGAGUUAUGGUCAAGAGAGCGACCACCGCUGGAUGCAAAAAGUCAGGGUGGGGAACCGGCUGCUGGUGAGGGGCCACAUGGUGUUGAGGAUCAAUUUGUUGAUGGGGAGGAGCCGGCUGCUGAUGAAGAGGAGCCACCUGGUGGUGAAGAGGCGCCGGAUGCUGAUUAGAGGUAAGAAGGCCCGGAUUUUGUUGAUGGGCAGGAGCCGGCUGCUGAUGAAGAGGCGCCGGAUGCUGGUGUGGAGCAGUGUGAUGAGGAGCCAUCUGCUGCGACUGGGGCUGGUUAUUCAGAAGCAUCUGGUGAAGUGUUCCCUGGUUUUGCGGGAUCAACGUGCCACUGCUGAGAUUACCCUGAUUGGGUUGGGGCUGCUGUGGAAAGUCAGCAAUGCUCUGCAUGUUUGGAGGUAUCUCACGCUGGGAAGGUGGUCGGUCGAGAGAGUCGUCCAGACCAGACGAGGAAAUACUACCGCGGGGGACGGACCACUUCGGCGCCAGGAAUCCACUACUGCAAUGCGGUGA